GUCUACCGAUAUUCACCGUCACCGACAUCGUUCGUCACUUCUGCGACUGCAAAGCCCAAAAUGUCCGCCCGCGUACACUACCAACCUGUUCCUCCAACCAAGUCCUUCGUGAAUGUGGCCAGGACAUGGGCACCUAGUGCUAUUUUCUGGGGCGCAGCUGCCGGAAUCUACGGGCUUUACUUCUUGUCCGUAACUCCAUUGGUGAAGCGUGAGUUCCUGGUGAAGGUCCCGGUCAUUGGCAGCUAUUACGAGGAUAAGACUCCCGCCUCUGACAAGCCAUUCUAACAAGAUGGCCUAUUUAAUUACAACGCGGUACAUCAACGCUAGAAACAAUUCAUCGAACUAUUCGGCAUCAAGAUACCGUACUACAUCUUGCAUGAUCUACAAUCCUAAUAGAUAGAUGUCAAAUGGGCAUACGCGAAUUCAUAUCACAACUUAGAGGGCAUCCAUUCUGAGCGCUCAAAGCCGCUCGUUAGGUCAAUGCCCAACUU